CCUCUCACGGAUCAGCAGCGCAAACUUAAGGCCGAUGAUUUCAUCAACUCGAUCGACACGGAAGCCAUUCGUGCUCUAGCUUCCAAGUCUAACGGUGGCUUGCCAUGCAAUAUCAGAUGCCGACGCCAGGGUAGCUUCAAUGUUUGUUUCAUACUUGACUUCCCUGAUGCCUCCACGCGACUUGUCAGGCUUCCCGUUGAACCAGCGGUCCAUGAUGUCUGGGACAAGGUUUGCAGUGAGGUCUACACUAUGCAAUAUGUGCGGGACCACACAAACAUUCCUGUCCCUCGAGUAUACGCCUACGGUCGUUGUCGACUUCGGCAAGAUACCUCAGCGCAUCAAGUAUUCAUGGUCUUGGACUACAUCAACGGACAGCCCCUGACGAAAAAAAGGCUUCGGGAUAGUUCAGAAUGCUGCCGGCGCCAAUUUUUCAGGGAAGUUGUCGACCUAUUCUCCCAACUGCAAAGGCUCAAAUUCCCUCGAGGAGGCUCGUUGAUGCCACACGAGACGGUUGGAGCCUGGCCCCGAUUAUGGAAGUUAAUAUUUCCCCAAGAAGAGUACUUGACGCCUCAAUCAGCCGUUGAUCUCAAACUCGGACCGAGAAUCACUGGUGCCUUCUCAAUGCGCAAGAAUGAACUCCAAGUUGACGGAUAUACGGUUCCACGCUUCACUGCUACCACUGCGAAGGAGUUCUUGGAGGAGCAAUAUAGGCUACUGCAGGCCAUGUGGAGAAUACCUUCUGAAGAACUCGGCCGACAGGAGGCAGAACGCAAGGAGUUUGCACUUCAUGCCUUGAGCUUUGAGGAAGCCCAGAAGACUUUCGGGUUAAAGGCUGAUUCACCAAGGGACUCCUUCUAUCUAUCCCACCCUGACCUCCGCGUCGAUAAUAUCAUCGUGGAUGAUGAACUUCACAUUCAGGGCGUCAUUGACUGGGAGUUCUCGACUACAGUCCCGCAGCACGCCUUCCUACCCCCGUCGUGGAUCACGGGCCAUGACACAGGGUCCAUCUACUCCAAGGUUGAUUUCUCAUCUGAGUUCAUGAGCGUUCUGUCAUCGAUGAAACAGCAGUCGCCUAGUCACUCUCAGCUUGCGCAAGCCUGGGACUUCAAAGACGAUUCCCGGUUGCCGAUGGCGUAUAUAUUCCUAGAUCCAUCUGACCUCGUCUUACUCUUUUACAGAUGCAUAUACCCCAGGCUCUACAACACACCUCGUGACGAGGUCGUCCCUAGCUUUUUCCAUCAACCUGAGAAAAAGGAGCUACGGGUAGGGCUAGAAAUGCGGUUGCUUGCAUCUGAGCGGUACACCCAGUAUCUGAAAGAUAACUACCUCCUUGAUGAGAGAGAGGAGGAAGAAUGGCAAGAUAUUCGUAACUGGACUGCGGGGACACAAGAGACGUUGGAGAAGUUGCGGAAAUGGAGUGAUCAGAUGCAAGGCAACUUGACACGCUUGGAUGGGGAGCGAUCCAUGAAAGGAGGACGAGAGCAGGAAGCG